UAUCUAUCUCCCUCUGUAUAUCUACUGUAUCUAUAUAAAUUUCUGUAAACAAAUGGUUUCACCUCAUAUUCUAUAAUAUAAAAAUCACCACAAUACGAUUAUCCUCUAAAUGCUAACCGGUGUCAUUUCUUCACGUCCGAAAUAUUGGUUACUGAAUUCAUCACCACUGAUUUCUCACUAUCAUCGUCACAUCCCAUCUCAUGACGCCACUUUUCCUCCUCUUCAUAAUUACAUAGAUACAACAUCAAGAUUUAAUAAUAAUAAUAAUAUGAAUAUAUCAACGUUAUGGCAAACAAUUCUGCCAGCGACUAGUAACAUUAAUCAUCAUCAUCAUCUGCAGGGUGAAGGCUCAUGGAACGUCACCUGGGAUGUUCGCCCUGCCCGAUGGCUUCAUCGUCCUCAUACUGCUUGGCUUUUGUUUAGUAUCUGCGCUUGUCUUGCCACCCCUCCUCUAGACAUUACUAAUAAUCUUUAUGAUAAUAAUAAUAUUAAUGUUUUGGAGGCUGCUGAUGACCAUAUUAUAAACACCUCCAAUGCCAAUAGUUCUGUCAUUAGCGAUCCUGAAAACUCUCUUAACUAUAGAAUUACAGGGGUUGCGGCUGAUGGGAGAUGUUUGUUUAGAGCCAUAGCUCAUUUAGUUUGCUUAAGAAAUGGAGAGGAAGCUCCUGACGAAACUCGACAAAUGGAGCUUGCUGAUCAAUUAAGAGCUCAAGUUGUUGAUGAGCUCUUCAAGAGACAAAAAGAGAUUGAAUGGUUUAUUGAGGGAGAUUUCGAGACGUAUUGCAAAAGGAUGGAAAAACCAUUUGUUUGGGGUGGAGAACCUGAGUUAUUGAUGGCUUCUCAUGUUCUUAAGACUACAAUAUCAGUCUUCAUGUUGGAGAGGAGCUCUAACAAAUUGUUCAACAUUGCAACCUAUGGUAAAGAAUAUCAACAAGACAAAGGAAGCCCGAUCAAAGUUCUGUUUCAUGGCUAUGGUCAUUAUGACAUAUUGGAAGAGAUAUCAUAGAGUAGUUGCCAUAACAGAUAAUCCAAGAGAAGCUUUGUGUGCCAUGACCCACUAGGUAUGUCCAAGAAUCAUUUUUUACUGACUAAUUUAUGAAGUUUGGAUCUGCAUUCCUUUUCAGUUACUUUUUGCAUAGAUGUUUUGCAAUUUUUGUGUAGAUUCUUCUGUUUCAUGUGUCACACAAUGGGUCAACGCUCCAUUUUUGAAGGUGGCAUUAUUUGUGAUUUA